AUGGCGCUGUGGAAGGUAGUGAGACGAGGGGGGGGGGAGGUGGUGGAGUUACUUGUGGUUGUGCAAUGGAUUUAUGUGAGAAGUGGGUUUGGGUGUGAGACGAGGGGGGGGGGAGGUGGUGGAGUUACUUGUGGUUGUGCAAUGGAUUUAUGUGAGAAGUGGGUUUGGGUGGUGAGGGCUAGUAGGUGGUGUAUGAAAAUGAGAGCGCAAUAUCUACUGAAAGGGAAAGAAAACGAAGAGAAGCUAGUUCUGGGUCCAAAACCUGCGGAAGAAGAGGUUAAGAACCCUGUAAGUGCUGCCUCUGACGAAGUUGUCGCUCAGAAAACUGAGGAAAUCCCUGUUUCUGUUGAAAGUAGUGAAGUUUCCCAGGCUGGUGCUGCUGAGGGAGGCAGUGAAGCCUCUGAUGUUGCUACUGGAAAGAGCACUGAAAAUGCUGGUGAAAGUGUUAGUGGAGCCAACCCAGCUGCAGAAGAAAGCGGGGGAAGUACUGACCAGGAAACUCCGGUUGAUCAAGAAGAGUCUGAACUAUCAACAGAGAUCAAGGUUAGCUUGACUGGGCAGUUUAUCUUUGGCCUUUUAUAUUCGUCACCUUUCCUGCACAAUGUGGGUGCUACUUCCAUCUUCUUAUUCUAUGUUUUUUGCUGCUGUAUGAUGGUUGGGUACCAGCUCGAAACAGCACCAGCAGACUUUCGUUUCCCAACUACAAAUCAGACCAGGCAUUGUUUUACCCGAUACGUUGAGUAUCAUCGGUGUGUAGCUGCUAAGGGUGAAGGUGCUCCUGAGUGUGACAAAUUUGCAAAAUAUUAUCGUUCUCUCUGCCCUGGGGAAUGGAUAGAUAGAUGGAAUGAGCAAAGGGAAAAUGGCUCAUUUCCUGGUCCCUUGUAG